AUGAGAAAGGGUUCCUGGAAGUUAAUUAUCGAAAGGGUUCCAUCACACAUCACAUGGAUUGACGAGAAUGAAGUCGUUUGUGCGGAUGGACAUGACGGGCAUCUUCAUUGGCUUGGUUAUAUUACUGAGGAGAUGAAUUUAAAAACGAUAGUGGCGUUUGAUUUGGGUUCAGAGACAUUCCGUGAGAUACCUCUUCCAGAUUCUACAGUAGCUUUUAAAUAUGGCCGAUUGGAUGCUUUAGGAGUUUUGGGGGGAAAGCUUUGUGUGAUGUCACGGGAUGAGGAUGUUGGAUGUGUGGUGUGGGUUAUGGAGGAGUAUGGGGUGGCUGAAUCAUGGGUCAAACGUCAUGUCUUUUCACACUUUAUUGGUUAUACCUAUCCAUUUGGAUUCACAUCAGCCAACAAGUUUCUUAUUCAAGAUCAGUAUUCUCGUCUUGUUUUGUAUGAUCCAGUUACAGAAGAGGCUCAAAUUUUGAAGAAUGAUUUUUCAUAUGUAGAAUAUGAAGCAGGUAAAAUCGUGGAGUAUGUCGAUAGUCUUGUUUGGGUAGCACCUGCCAAGUGUGAGAUGGUGGAUGGUGGAGGACAAAAUUGGAAUUGA